UUGGAACACACUGUGUAAGGAUUAUUUCCUUUUAAUAAUUUUCCACCUACCUUGAUCACCUACUAGCGUUGCAAGAGCUGAGGUGCACGGUUUGGAGAGGGGAUAGCCCUACAGAAUUAAUUUGAAGCGUUGCUAGGAGUCGUUAUUGACAUAAUACUGUCGUAAUAUAGCAGUAUAGUAUUGAAGUUUUUUCUGAUGCCUUUUUUCCCAUUUUUGUUGUAUUAAAUUAAUGUAAAUAUGACUCAAUCCAAUACCGAAGAUAAAUAUGCAACCCUAUCGCCCGUUGUAGCAAUAGCGUGUGCUACAGUUUUGGAAGAUGCCAUCGACCAAUUGACAAUUUUAGGAAAAAUUGGCGAUUUGCCUACGGUUUCGGCGGAUUUCACCCAGAAAACUCCCGAGGAACGUUUCGGCAGUUACGUCGCCGAAGUGCAAGUCUUCGAUCCCGAGACCAUAGAGCCGUACGAAGAGUCGAUGAAAAAGGCGAAGUAUGUCAAUUUUCAAACCGAUCGGUCCUACAUCGAAACCGUUCUCGGUGAAGUGAUGAAGUCGCUCGUGAAAUCCGGCAGUUACGGUUGCUUAAUCGACCACAUCAAUCAACACAAUGCCAAUGUAAAGAUGGAAAAUGACAUAUUGGAGACGCACAAGGAAAAUUUGGAAAUGUACCACGGACUCGAGGAGAAUUUGGAACGACAGAGGGAAGAAAGCCUGGUCGAGCUACAGCAACUGUCCAAAUCUAUCGGAAAGCUAAAGGACCAAAUCGAGGACCUAAAAAUUGAGAACGCCAUCAAAUUAAACUACGUGAAAAAUUGGGAAGAAGCGCGACUCGAUCAGAACAAUUACGCCCUCGACCACUCGGAGGCGAGUUACACGAGAACGAUCGAAGACACAAAAAGCGACAUCGAAAAAGAAAUACGCAUAAACGUGGAGAUUGAGUCGUUCAUAACGGAAACCGAACAAGAUUACGCACAACAGAUUCAGUACUGGAUGGACCGUUACGAUAACGAAAUCGAAGCUCGCGAUACAGAAAUUCAGGUGCUGAAAGAGAAACGAGAGGAGCAAUUCAAUCGGCUACAGGAGCUGUCGUUAAUAUACGAGAAGCGCAAGGAAGAGAUCGAGGCCUACUUGGUUUUAAAGGAAAAGCGGCGAUUGGUCGAGGAGGCUAGGCUUAGACGGCUGCGCGCUUGCAUAAAGCUACAGGCUUGGUGGAGGGGAGUGAUGGUGCGCAGAUGUCUUGGACCCUUCAAAAAAAAGUCGGCUCCGUCGAAAAAGAAGAAAUAA